CGCGGACAGGGGUGAUGGCUGGGGAGCGAUGCUGGACUGGAGAUGGUCGUGUGGCAUGCCGAUGAUCGAGCAGAUACUUAGUCUGUACUAUGGAUGGUACAAUCUUGCUGGGCGCAUCCACUGGGACCGCUGAAGUUUGUGGCGCUGCUGGCAGCACCAGCUGGUCUGCAAUGUUGCGUGAAAGAAGUCUUCGCAUGCUUGAUCGGAAGCGAUGUCGCAUGCAUGGGCCGCGCCACGCGACGGUCGAGUCUCCUGUCACGGCGGCCAAUGUUAUUCGAAUGUGGGUGGGAUGCGCUCACAGCAAAUUGGAGAGCUUGUCUUUUGGUUCGCUGUUCAAAGCAAAACAUGUUUCUCUUGCCGUGUCAUGCAAGGCACAGCCAACUUGUGAGCCGCGGUGAGACCUUCUGCUGUUGUUUGGAUGCCAGUGUCCAGACCUGGACUGUGAUACAUGCUUUUUACCAGGGAGCUCGAUAUCGGCCGAGCCAAUCUGUGGUCUACGUCGCCAAUGCAGUGGAUGCUGCCCAGGAAUAAUUCCACAAAUGACCAGCGCUGGCUUUCAUGAAUCCAACAGCGUUCGACCCCCGAGGGCUCGUGCCGACUUCG